AUGCCCAUACCCUCAACAUCACCGCCACCAUACGAAGAAUUUGACCGUCAUGAAAAGGAAGCUCCCGCACCUAGUGCGCCCUCUCCCGAACCGCUCAUCCCUCCGACGCCCGAACCUAUCCAUGUCUUCUCCCCCAUCCCAAAUCCUCCUUCCGUGCACCCGUGGGUCCCAAGAACAAACGUAGCAACUACCGGUGAAUCGGUUGACCACCUCCGCGAUGCUAUCAACGAUCUGGAGACUCGAAUGGCGAUGCUGCUCAGCGAGCGGGACAUGCUCGAGCACCGCCUCGAGAACGCCGUUCGUCUCCAGUCGCCGGUGCGCCGUCUCCCUAGCGAGCUCCUGGCAUCGAUAUUUAUUGCAUGCGUGCUGACGAUGGAGGAAGAAGACUCACUCAUGCUGAUAACACUUAUGCUUGUUUGUCGCCAUUGGAAAGAGGUGACGCUGAAUACUCCCAUCCUCUGGUCUCGCGUCGUCGCAGGCACGCACCAUCCACUGUCCAAUGCCUUCCGCAAGCUCGAGCGCUCCAAAUCCUGCCCCUUGUCCAUAUGCGUCGACUUCAGUCCAAGGAUGGAGCAUGGGACGGUCUCAACCGAAAGCAUCGUCCGAACCAUGGACUUGCUCCGGACGUCUAUCUGGCGAUGGAAGACGUUUCGGCUGACAGUGCCCAACCGACCCCAAGCUCAUGCUGCCCUGAUGCGAUGCAAGGACCCGGCACCGCUCCUGGAAGUUCUCGCCGUCCAUGUCUUGCAUUCGAUGCAGGACGACGGGAUGCAGCACUCUAACCCACCACGCUCCGUGUUCAACGGCCAGACACCUAGUCUUACCUCCUGCUCGAUGACGUCGUUCAACUUCGGUUGGGACAUGCACUUAGUGAGCCGGCUCCGGGCGCUCAAGCUUGGAGGCUACUGGAACGGCUACGCACCUUCUCUGGAGACGACACUCGCGAUGAUCCGUGCCUGUCCUCAUCUCGAAGAGUUUUCCCUCCGGAAUAUGUCCGACAUCGAUUCGGGAGCAUGUCAGGAUUUUGAGGCUGACCCAUCCGAGUACGACGAGUUGUACGAGCGAUUCGCGCGGACGACCGACGCUCGCACGAUCCAGCUCCCUCGACUCACAAAGCUCUCGUUCUAUUACUCGGGUACUAUUCGUACGCGAGUCGUACUCGGCCUGCUGUCUUGUCCCGCUCUGGAGAGCGUAGACCUCUGCUUCCUUGAUAAUGUGUCGCCAAUGAUCGAGCACCUGCGGAAGCAAUCACUGACGAAGCUACCUCUGCGUCGAUUACGCAUCGAGUCUAGCUUCUUCAGCGAGCUGAAGCUCGCGCGGUUCCUCCGGAGAGUGCCAUCUCUGACGACAUUGGAAUUGGUCGAUGUCGAAGAUGCGUCACCGAGUCUACUGAAGAACCUUGCUGCACCCGCGACUUCACAGACGUGGGUCUGCCCGAAGUUAACCCACUUGAGCCUCGAAGGUUGCACCACACUCGACUGGGAGUCCAUGAGAUCCGUUGUUGAAUCUCGACUUCCGCCACAGGCACGCGCAUUCCCUAGUCCAUCCGCUGAUCCUAAAGCCCCUCGUGGACUCUCCUCUGCGUCCGCGGCGGCGCAACGCCCUCCCAUAGCAUCAUCCUCUGCAUCUGCAUUCGCCGCUACUGCGCACAUCCUGGCACACACUCCAUCGACAGCGCUAACGAAGGCUAGCCCGUUUGGCCAGCCGCAACGUCUUCAGUCUCUUGACCUGACUCGAUGUCACCAGCUCAGCAAGGAAAUGAUCCAGUGGCUGCGACUCUACGUAGAAGAUGUUAAGUGCGAGAUCAUGAGGGGUGUAUGGGAUUCGUCCGUAUGA